ACUUCCGCCUACGGCCUCUCCGGAAGCAGUCGCGGACAGGAAGUCGUAUGCACAGGCGCUGUGGGGCUGCGCGGCACUCUGGGUAAAAAUGGAUGCCUAUGAUCUAUUUCGCCGGCUCGGAGCCGGCGCCAAGUUCGACGUGAAGCGGUUCUCGGCAGACGCUGCUCGAUUCCAGGUGGGAAAAAGGAAAUGUGAUCCUGAUUCUUCGGAGGUACUGCAAGGACUGGACUUCUUCGGAAACAAGAAGUCUGUCUCAGAUGAGUGUGGAACAUUACAAACACACCAGGAGCUCCAAAAUGAGGAGAAGACAGAGGGGUAUCUGUUGGAGAAAAGUAAGGAGCCCAGGAAGAAAAAGAGAAAGAAGAUGAUUUCAGAGAUUACUGCACAAGAAGACUUUGAUACUACUAUACAGUGGACGUCCUCUGUGGAAGCAAAGAUUCAAGAGGAGAAAAAAGCCAAAGAAGAAAAGAAACUAACUUCAGGAAAGUUGGAACAUCUCAGAAAGGAAAAGAUCAACUUCUUUCGGAACAAACACAAGAUACAUGUACAAGGAACUGAUCUUCCUGACCCAAUUGCUACAUUUCAGCAGCUUGAACAAGAGUAUAAAAUCAGUUCUCGAUUGCUCCAGAACAUUCUAGAUGCAGGCUUCCAAGUGCCCACGCCAAUUCAGAUGCAAGCCAUUCCAGUUAUGCUGCAUGGUCGGGAACUCCUGGCUUCUGCUCCUACUGGAUCUGGGAAGACUCUGGCUUUUAGCAUUCCCAUUUUAAUGCAGCUGAAACAGCCUGCAAAUAAAGGCUUUCGAGCCCUGGUUAUAUCCCCAACUCGAGAACUUGCCAGCCAGAUUCAUAGAGAAUUAAUUAAAAUAUCUGAGGGUACAGGAUUCCGAAUACAUAUGAUCCACAAAGCUGCAAUAGCAGCUAAGAAAUUUGGACCUAAAUCAUCUAAGAAGUUUGAUAUUCUUGUGACUACUCCAAAUCGACUGAUCUACUUGUUAAAGCAGGAUCCACCAGGGAUAGACUUGACAAGUGUUGAAUGGCUGAUAGUAGACGAGUCAGACAAACUGUUUGAAGAUGGCAAAACUGGGUUUAGAGACCAGCUGGCUUCCAUUUUCCUGGCCUGCACAUCCCACAAGGUCAAAAGAGCAAUGUUCAGUGCAACUUUUGCAUAUGAUGUUGAGCAGUGGUGCAAGCUCAACCUGGACAAUGUCGUCAUUGUAUCCAUUGGAGCAAGGAAUUCUGCAGUUGAGACUGUUGAACAAGAACUUCUCUUUGUUGGCUCUGAGACUGGAAAACUUCUGGCUAUGAGAGAACUUGUUAAAAAGGGUUUCAAUCCACCUGUUCUUGUUUUUGUUCAGUCCAUUGAAAGGGCUAAAGAACUUUUUCAUGAGCUCAUAUAUGAAGGAAUUAAUGUGGAUGUCAUUCAUGCAGAAAGAACACAGCAGCAGCGAGAUAACACAGUCCACAGCUUCAGAGCGGGUAAAAUCUGGGUUCUUAUUUGUACAGCCCUGCUCGCAAGAGGGAUUGAUUUUAAAGGCGUAAACCUGGUCAUCAAUUAUGAUUUUCCAACCAGCUCAGUGGAAUACAUCCAUAGGAUAGGUCGAACUGGAAGAGCAGGGAAUAGGGGAAAGGCUGUUACAUUUUUCACUGAAGAUGAUAAACCGUUAUUAAGAAGUGUUGCCAACGUUAUCCAGCAGGCUGGUUGUCCUGUACCUGAAUACAUAAAAGGUUUCCAGAAACUAUUAAGCAAACAAAAGAAAAAGAUGAUUAAGAAACCACUGGAAAGAGAGAGCAUUAGUACAACUCCAAAGUAUUUCUUAGAGCAAGCUAAACAGAGAAAGGUUGCUGGCCAAAACAGCAAGAAGAAAGAAACUCUUGAAGAGAAAAGUUAAAAAUAGAUACCUUAGAAGGCUAUCCACGCAGUGUAAUUUAUAAGCCCAGCAUGAAUUCUCAUGGAUUACUUAACAACCAUCUUUAGCAAGCGUAUUAAAUCAACAAAGAUGUGAGAAAAGAAAGUGGUCCUAAUUUACCAAUGCAUCAGGGCAAGCGUCACCUUGUAGGUGAAAUUUAUGCAAUGGAAAUAACGUGCAUCGACAUUUCUGCCCGAAGUCGGAGAGAUACUUCUUAUAGAAGAAUGAGAGUUGAUGUUAAAAGAACACCCAAAUGUGGUGGACUCUUAAGGAUUUUGCCCUUCCAGUGUGGUUCAUGCUGUGGAGAGGCAUAUGGAACAGAAUUUUAAAAUAAAAUCUUGAGCUUGAAUGUA